UCAUGUCUCUGCUGCAGCCUCCCCUCCAGGAAUCCUGAUAAAAGGCAGGCGGGAGGAGGACGAAGACGGUCCCGUCAGCUCAUCCGGAGCUCACCCCACCGCUUAUCAGCGAUGGCGCUUACACUGGUAUCCAUCUUAAUUGCUGCCAUUCCUGUGGCCUACUGCUAUUCUCCUGCCUUUGAAGACCUGGUAGAAACUGGCAGCAAUCGGACCUCCAUAAAGUUCCUGGCUGUAGGAGACUGGGGUGGGCUGCCUUAUCCCCCCUACGUCACUGCUGUGCAGAAGGCUACUGCUCGAGAAAUGAGCAAAGUAGCAGAGCAGAUGGGAGCGGACUUUGUUCUUGCCCUUGGCGAUAACUUCUACUUCAGAGGUGUGGAGAGUGUAGAUUCGCCUCGGUUUCAGGAUACUUUUGAAUCGGUGUACACGGCAAAGUCUCUCAAAAUCCCCUGGUAUGUGCUCGCUGGCAAUCAUGACCAUGCAGGCAGCGUCAAAGCCCAGAUAGAGUACAGCCACAAGUCUCCCCGCUGGAACUUUCCCUCCUACUAUUAUGAGCUGAACUUCCACAUCCCCAACACUGGGAAGACUCUGACCAUCAUCAUGGUGGACACCGUAAUGCUGUGCGGUAACUCUGACGACUUCUUGGACCAGAAGCCCAGAGGCCCUCUGUGCGCGGCGGAAGCCAAGAGUCAGGUGACGUGGCUGCAGAAGAGAUUGGCUCAGUCCAAGGCCGACUUCCUGUUGGUGGCCGGCCAUUACCCUGUGUGGUCUGUGUCUGAGCACGGGCCCACCGAGUGUCUGCUGCAGAGGGUCAAUCCCCUUCUCAUCAAAUACAACGCCACUGCUUACUUCUGCGGGCAUGACCACAACCUGCAGUACAUAGAAGAUUCCGGUGUGGGCUACGUGGUGAGCGGCGCUGGCAACUUCCUGGAUCCCGAUAUCCGUCACUGGAAUCACGUUCCCAAAGGGUCUGUGAAGUUCUUCACCGGGAAAGCGUCGACACUGGGAGGCUUUGUUCACGCAGAGGUCACAAAGGACAAGCUGUUCUUGACCUUUAUCCAGGCUACAGGCACUUCUCUCUAUCGCACGGUGCUCUCACCAAGGCGCUUUGGGUAGACCGGCUCAUCGACGCAAUAGUGAAAUCUUAUUUUCACACCGUAGUCUACAGUGAAUCACUCCUGUUAAUUCAGUUUUUAAACUUUGACAAUAAUAUUUCAAGUAAUUUGUAUUUUAAAGAUCUAUUUAAGAACAUGAUUUUAUUGUGAUAAAAUAAUA